AUUGAAUUCAGCCAAGUGGGUCUCCCACCUAUUUUUGUCUUUCAAAAGCUCUCCAAUCCAAUGAACUAAAAGCUGCCCAUUACGGCUUCUUAGCAUAGUGACCGUCAGAUUUUUAUUUUUAGCAAAUUGGUGGUGGGUUCAUCGGUAUCACUCAUAUCUCCAGAGGAUAAGACGAUAACAUCUCUCUUAACACUCACUGUUUCGCUCAACCUCCACCCUUUCUUCUUUUCUAAUCUCUGCCUCCAUAGCCAAAUUACUUGCUUCACUUACCACAAGUAAGUAUCCCACAAAAAAGAAGUUCCCUUUUUCUCCUUUUCGAUGAUCCCUCUCCUUUCCCUCCGGUUCCCCGCCUCUCCCUCCUCCGCUCUUUUCCACUUCAGCCCAUCUCCUCCUUUCUCCUCUCGCUUUACUAAAUCCCCUUUUCGCCGCUUUCUUCCUCCGACGAAACCCUCCCUUUCCACCAAUUCUUUCAGCUCUACUUCCCAACAGCUUGGACCCCAAGGCCCUCAAAACCAGCAGCCUCCCAGAACUCUAUUCCCUGGUGGCUACAAACGUCCCGAGAUCAAGGUCCCUAAUUUUGUUCUCCAGUUGGACCCCAACGACGUCUUGGCUGACGACAAUGCGCUCGAUUUCAUUGACAAGGCCGUCUCCAAAUGGGUUGGCCUUGUAGUGCUCAAUGGUGGUGAAGGAAGUGGCGGCAGGGUUUAUGAAGCUGCCCGUUCGUUAAAAGCGGUUGUUAAAGAUCGCGCUUAUCUUUUGAUCGCGGAGCGCGUUGACAUUGCCGCCGCUGUCGGUGCUAGUGGCGUGGUCCUCUCUGAUCAAGGCCUUCCUGCCAUAGUCGCAAGAAACACAAUGAUGGAUUCAAAAUCAGAUUCUGUCUUUCUCCCUUUGGUAGCUAGGACCGUGCAAUCUUCAGAUUCUGCUUUAAAUGCUUCAAGUUCUGAAGGUGCUGAUUUUCUUAUAUAUGAUCUGGGUCAAGAAGAGCACGCCAAUACGGCAAUGAAGGCUGUCUAUGAAAAUGUGAAGAUACCGAUCUUUGUUGUUAAUAAUAAUUCACAAGCAGAGGUGCCAUCAUAUACUGAGUUGACCAAGAUUUUCAAAUCAGGUGCUAGUGGUGUAGUUUUGUCAUUGGAAGAUUUGAGGUUGUUUACCGAUGAUGUUUUGAGCGAGUUUUUUAACACUGUAUAUACAACUAAUAACAAACGUCAGGAUGAGAGCAUCGUUGAACUAGAAAUGGCGGAUAUCGAUCGUGGCUCUCACCAGAAAGUGGGUGUGGCGGGUUUUAUUAAAGUGGAAGAUAGAGAAAAACAACUUAUCGAGAAGGAGAGAUCAGUGUUAACCAAAGCAAUAAAUGUCUUCCAGAAAGCUUCACCUCUGAUGGAGGAGAUUUCACUUCUUAUUGAUGCUGUUGCUCAGAUUGAUGAGCCAUUUCUACUGGCUAUAGUGGGUGAGUUCAAUUCUGGUAAAUCCACUGUCAUUAAUGCUCUUCUUGGGGAAAGAUACCUCACGGAGGGGGUUAUUCCCACGACUAAUGAAAUCACUUUUUUGCGCUAUUCUGAGUUGGACCGGAAGGAUAUGCAGCGUUGUGAAAGGCACCCAGAUGGUCAACUAAUAUGUUACCUUCCUGCUCCAAUUCUUAAAGAAAUGAAUAUUGUUGAUACACCAGGGACCAAUGUGAUUCUUCAAAGGCAACAGCGCCUGACUGAGGAAUUUGUGCCUCGUGCCGAUUUGCUCUUUUUUGUUAUUUCUGCAGAUCGCCCAUUAACUGAGAGUGAGGUUACUUUUCUUCGUUAUACUCAGCAGUGGAAGAAGAAAGUUGUGUUUGUUUUGAAUAAAUCUGAUCUUUAUCAGAAUACGCAAGAGCUAGAGGAGGCAAUAUCAUUCAUCAAAGAGAAUACAAAGAAGUUGCUAAACACAGAAGACGUGACAUUAUAUCCGGUGGCUGCACGAUUAGUUCUUGAAGAAAAGCUUUCAGCUACUUCUGAUGUUGGAAAAAAAUAUAGAGAAAUUGUGUUCGCUGAAUCAAAUUGGAAAACCAGUAGUUUUUACAAGCUUGAAAACUUCUUGUAUAGUUUUUUAGAUGGAUCAACUAGUAGAGGAAUGGAGAGAAUGAAGCUCAAACUUGGAACACCAAUUGCAAUUGCUGAGCGAAUACUUUCAGCUUGUGAAACUCUUAAUAGAAAAGAUUGUGAGUCUGCAGAGCAGGACUUGUCUUCUGCAAAUGAAAUUAUUGAUAGCGUGAAAGAGUAUGUAAUAAAGAUGGAAAAUGAAAGCAUCUCUUGGAGAAGACGAACUUUAUCAGCGAUUGAUGCUACAAAAUCACGUAUUCUGGAUCUCAUAGAAUCUACCUUACAGUUAUCGAAUCUUGAUGUUGUCGCUUCCUUUUUACUCAAGGGGGAAUCGUCCACCACACUGCCCGCCACUUCAAGGAUUCAAAAUGAAAUACUUAGUCCUGCCAUUGCUGAUACACAAAACUUACUUGGAGAUUAUGUGACAUGGUUACAAUCAAAUAAUGCACGUGAAGGAAGGGCUUAUAAGGAAUCUUUUGAGAAAAAAUGGCCCUCCAUUACCUUCUCAGACAAAAAUUAUCCUCUGGAGACCUAUGAAUUGCUGAGAAAGUUGGAUGAACUCAGCUUGAAAGCGAUAGAGAACUUAAGUGCCAAUGCUACUUCCAAACAAUUUGAGCGCGAAGUUCGUGAAGUGUUCUUGGAGACUUUUGGUGGACUUGGAGCAGCUGGUUUGUCAGCUUCACUUCUAACAUCUAUAUUACCUACCACCUUAGAAGAUCUUCUUGCUCUCGGCCUGUGUUCUGCUGGCGGGUUUAUAGCCAUUUCAAAUUUCCCAGCCCGUAGACAAGGAAUAAUAGAAAAGGUGAAAAAGACAGCUGAUGCUUUAGGACAAGAGCUUGAAGAUGCAAUGCAGAAGGAUCUUCAAGAAACCACCCAGAAUUUGGAAAAGUUUGUAAGAAUUAUCGGGGAGCCUUAUCGAGAUGCUGCGCAAAAUAGACUGGACAAACUUCUAGAGGUAAAAGAUGAACUAUCAAAUGUGAGGGGAACACUUAAAAUGCUGCAAGUAGAAAUUCAAAAUCUUCAUGUAUCAUAACACCAAUAUAAUGGCUAGAAGUCGAGGGCGGGUUGUAUAUGUAACGGCGUUAUACCAUUUCUAGAUCCCAGUUCUUGGGGUCUCAAGUGUACAAUAGCUUCAUGCACUAAUAAAAAAAAAAUAAGCAUGUUUUUCCCCAAUAA